AAAACAUACAUUGUAAACAAAGGGAAAUUGUUGGAAACUGCGACUUUAAUAUUUCAGCUGAUUUCUGUUUAUAUGAUUGGACACUAAACAAAAUUAAAGAAAAGACAACCCCAGCAGAAACACUUAAUAAAGUUUAAUUAAUUUUUCUAAAAAGGGUAUCCUAUGUCCCAUUUUAGUAAAAUCAAUAAACAUUGGCAAGUCAAUAGAAGCUCCACCACUUAGUAAGUGGAACUUGGAUUCCCUUACUAAUAUUUCACACUGGUGUUUUAAUAAAACAGAAAAAAACAUGGACUGCGCUCCUCUAAAUUUGGCACACUUCCACGAGCGACGAUCGGAGCGGUUCAUCCGCAAUCAUCGUUAUGAGGAAGCUAUCAAGGCCCUGGAAACAUCUUUGAUUUACAUACAGGAUGCCCAGAAGAACGUUUGCUUGCCAAAAUCCAAGGAGGUUCUGGACACUUUAACGCUGGACUUCCAAAGGAAACUCCGUCAGAUUGAAAUAAGGAAAACUCAGCAUGGGCUGAACAAGCUGAAUGACUUUGCUCCUUUGAAGGAAACAAGCCCUAUGCUACCGCUCCGACCGGACAAUAGUGGAAGUGGGGGACUGGUUUCGGCCCAGUCCGUUGCCAAGGCAAUCGACAAAACUGUUCAGGAUUUCGAUGCCAAAUUCACAUCUACGCUGGCGAAUAAGGCUCAUUUGGCAACUUCGGAGCCCCAAAUAGAUGCCAUCAAAAAUAUAGAUUCAGUGAGAGGCGACGAAGAGGAUGCCUUUGAGAAUCGCCUGGCUGGCAGCGAGGAUUUGGAUUUGCCUUCCCUGGCUCCCUUGGAGCUUCCCUCCUUUGACUAUAGUCUCUUUACCAGUUCUUCAGCUCCAUCGCUGGCAAGCUUUGCAGGCUUCGCGGAGAGUUUCCAAAAGUAACUUAAAAUAUAUUUAAAAAAUAGCAUAUUCUUAACCCAUAA